CCGCCAGAGGCAGAGGGAGGCCGGCAGGCGGCCAGCGCCGAGCCGGGGCUGGGCGGGGAGGGGACGGGAAGGCAGCCGGGCCGGUGACGUCAGGAAACUUUGCUCGGGGGCCGCGAGAGGCUCCGGCCGGCCAGCCCAGCAGCAGCAGCAGCAGCAGGAGGCGGCGGCGGCGGCGGCGGCAGAGCUGCGCUCCGGCGAGAAUAUCGAAUGCUAGAAACGGAAAAAAGAGGAGACAAAGAUAUGAGGUCACAUUAGAUGAUGAACGAGUGAUUUAUUUCCCACGAAAGCAAGUCACUCCUCUAACUCUUGAUUAAAUUGCACAGACAUUGGGAGAUUUCUCAUCAUGAACCGUGCUUUUAGCAGGAAGAAAGACAAAACGUGGAUGCACACUCCCGAAGCUUUAUCAAAGCACUACAUCCCUUACAACGCAAAGUUUCUUGGCAGUACAGAAGUGGAGCAGCCCAAAGGUACCGAAGUCGUGCGAGAUGCUGUUAGAAAACUUAAGUUCGCAAGACAUAUCAAGAAAUCCGAAGGACAAAAAACGCCAAAAGUUGAGUUGCAAAUCUCAAUAUACGGAGUGAAAAUCCUAGAUCCAAAAACAAAGGAAGUCCAACACAAUUGCCAGCUCCAUAGGAUAUCGUUUUGUGCGGACGAUAAAACUGACAAAAGGAUAUUCACUUUCAUAUGCAAAGACUCUGAGUCAAACAAACAUUUGUGCUACGUCUUUGACAGUGAAAAGUGUGCUGAAGAGAUAACUUUAACAAUCGGGCAAGCAUUUGACCUGGCUUACCGGAAAUUUCUGGAAUCAGGUGGAAAGGAUGUGGAAACAAGAAAACAGAUCGCAGGUUUACAGAAAAGAAUUCAGGAACUAGAAACAGAAAAUAUGGAGCUUAAAAAUAAAGUGCAGGAUUUAGAGAACCAACUAAGGAUAACCCAAGUCAAUUCGUCGCCACGACUGCACAUAAAGGUUGAUUAUGAGCGCCACGUGUUUCAGGGACCCUCUUCUUUUUUCUGGUGUCUUGCUGACGAUGCGUCUCCUUGUCUAGAUAUCUCUUCCAUUACCCUCACUCCUACGAGCUCUCCUGACUCCAGGCAUUCUUCCGGACUCUUAACGCCACCGCCUUCCAAAAGCGGUCUUCCCAAGCCAGCCCAUGAAUACAGCAUCCCAAGACCUCGCGCAGGCAGUGUGACACCUAAAUCACCCUCCACUGACAUCUUUGAUAUGGUCCCCUUUUCUCCCAUGUCCCCCCAGUCAUCAGCUCCUUCUCGCAAUGGCACCGAGCCUCCGCCAGUGCCCAGUAGAUCGACAGAGAUCAAGAGAGACCUUUUUGGAGCAGAACCAUUUGACCCUUUUAUCUGCGGAGCCGGAGAUUUCCCUCCAGACAUUCAGUCCAAACUAGACGAGAUGCAGGAGGGGUUCAAAAUGGGACUGACUCUGGAAGGCACGGUAUUUUGUCUCGAUCCUCUAGACAGCAGGUGCUGAUGCAAGAACAGAAAUUUGAAAUAAUUAUACGAUCAACUUUUUUUUACAAAGAAUACGGUUCAAAAAUGUAUUACGAAAAAAGAAACUGUCAAUGUGCCAAAAAUUGUUUUUCAACAUGUCCAAUUUUUUUGGGUGAGGAUUUCCUUCUGUAAAACUCCAGUAUUAGCUCUGUACAAAUGUAAAAAAAACACCUCACUUAUAUAUGAAAUCUCCAUGACUUUAUCGCUGCUUCUCUGCUAUACCUGGUGCUGCAGGAAUUUCUUUCCAUCUCUACCACUUUCUGUCGGCAGACAUUUUGAAACUGUUAUAGAAGACCACAGUCUUUUGAAUGACAGUUCCUUCACUUGGGUCUUAAUGAACUGUCAGCUCAUUUUCACAAGAGUGUCACCGGCCAUCACUUCAGGACCCCCAAAUUGGCAUGUCUACUGCACAGGACUGCAAUUGCCUCGUAAUGAAGCCCCGUUACUGGUUCGAUACCGCCCGGGCCUCCGGAACUGCAAAAAACUCCACUCACGCUGCUCUCGUUCAUCAUUGGGGCUGGAUUUGUGCGCAAACAUCGUUUUAUCGGAGUCGAAACAAAUGACAGAACCCACUGCGCCAGUCGGAAUUGUUGGAGUAGUUACUGGGUUGACUGGACUUCAACAUACCAGUAAUUCUUUGUAAAACUCGAAUGCUUUAAUCAGUAACUGUUCUCAAAAAGUAGAGGUAAUGUUUGAAAAGGUCAGAUUUCAGCUCUUCUGAUUCAAUAGGCUGCAUUCACUUCACAAUCCAAAGUAUGUUUGUAACUGUAGGAAUUUGUUUCAAGCAACUGUAUCUUCAAUGUAUUGUGAAAAGCUUUCACGCCCGGAAUCACUGGGUGUUGUGUGUUUUCUGGGCUGCAUGGCCGUGUUCUAGUAGCAUUUUCUCCUGAUGUUUUGCCUGCAUCUGUGGCUAGCACAGAUUUUUUAAACAAAUCUUCAGAUCUUCUGAACAUGCCAGCCACAGAUGCAGGUGAAACCUCAGGAGAAAAUGCUACUAGAACACGGCCAUUCAGCCUAGAAACCACACAACACCCCAACUAUAUCUUCAAGUGGCAAUUGUGUGGAAAGGAAUGGUCUGUUUCCACCCUUAUGUUAACACGUAAGCAUGUCUUUCUGCUUAAGCAUUUCUAAGAUUGGGAUCUACCACCCCACUCCUCAAGAUUAUUUGGAAGUCCUAUUGAAUUCAGGGAAGUUUAAUUCAUAGCAUACGUGAGUAGAUCUCUUUGGCUAUGUUAAGUUGCUGUCCAUAAUGGGAAACCAGUCUCCUUGGACAUCCUUUUGGAUUAUCAUUUACCUAAACUGUGAGAGGAAACCCUGAAGUCAAAUCUUCUCUGGAAUCUCCCUGGGACAUUGACAGUCCCUAGAAUGGUCUCAAGGCACAUGAUCUGAUUCUUCGUUGAAGAAAAUCAGAUUUAUGGAGCCAUCCCAUACAGAGUUACACCCUUUUCAGCCCA